AUGAGAAAGUACGACAAACUACAACAGAAAGGCACGGACGAAACAUUGACGCUGGACAGGCGACGGACAGUGGUCAACCUCUCCAGCCACACCUUGAGCGAAGCAACCACAGCAAUUCUGGCCAAGGGGAUGAAUUUCGCAGUCGCACCUAAGCGAGUUCCAAAAGAAGAUAUCAUAGAAUCCGUAGAGGCUUCGGUACGUCAUCUGCCACAGGCCGAGGCGGAGAAGAUCCGGCAGGAAACGGUCAGAGUUCUGAAUAAAGCAAAGCCACCGAAGCAAAACAUCAACGCUGAGGAAUACCAUGCCAUCAAGGAACUCAGGGACAACCCCCUCUUAGUAGUGGUACAGGCAGAUAAGGGCAACGCCACUGUAGUCUUGGACACAACUGAUUACAACAAACGAAUGGAAGAUAUUCUCGCAGAACCUAUCUACAAGAAACUGCAGGGAGAUCCGACGGCCAAGCAAACGCAGGCAGAGCCCAUGCAGGCAGCCGCCGUGGCAUGUUUUGCGGGCGGCGAGGGCGACCGCUGUGCGGGCCCCACCACUGUGCGGUCGCGACUGGUCGCUGUGCGGUCGGCGAGGCGGUUCCGGGCCGCGAGUGGCAGCGGCUGA